AGAGUUGCAGGCUCAGUUUCAAAUAUGGGCAAGGUAAAAAUGGCAACCUUUGACGUGACAGGAGCGGCUGCUAAAAACAGAACUGACACCACGAAGAUAGGAGCCUACACCCUCGAGGACAAGAGCAGCAGGCCUACUCCUCAGCCUUGACACAAGGCCCGCUGAGGAUUACUUUCAGAAAAGGACAAAAAAGAUCCCUUUUUUUUUUGUUUGUUUGUUUUUUUACAAGUCUUAUUUAAGUUUUGGUAGUGUGUGAACGUGUUUACCAAAAGCAGAGGCCAUGGAGAACUUGGAGAAGCAGCUGAUUUGUCCUAUAUGUCUGGAAAUGUUUACAAAGCCUGUGGUCAUCCUACCCUGCCAGCACAACCUCUGCAGAAAAUGUGCUAAUGAUGUUUUCCAGGCCUCGAACCCGUACCUUCCAACGAGAAGUGGCUCAUUAACGUCUGGUGGCCGUUUCCGAUGCCCGUCCUGCAGGCACGAGGUGGUGCUGGACCGACAUGGCGUGUACGGCCUGCAGAGGAACCUGCUGGUUGAGAACAUUAUUGACAUGUUCAAACAGGAGUCCAGCAGCAAGCCGCCGCCGGAGAAGAAGGAGGAGACGCCCAUGUGCGACGUCCACGAGGGGGAAAAGAUCAACAUCUUCUGCAUAACCCACAGCGUGCCCACGUGCUCCAUGUGUAAGGUUUUCGGAGCCCACAAAGACUGCGAGGUGGCGCCCAUCAGCAGCAUCUACCAGACGAAAAAGACGGAGCUGAGUGACGGGAUCGCGAUGAUGGUCGGCAACAACGACAGGAUUCAAGGCAUCAUUAGUCAGCUAGAGGAAGCCUGUCGCGCAAUAGAGGAGAACGGACGGAGGCAGAAGACUCUGGUGUGCGAGAAGUUUGACAAGCUUUACUCCAUCCUGGAGGAGAGGAAGAGGGAGAUGAGUCAGAAGGUGACGUCCGAGCAGGAAGAGAAGGUGAACUACAUACGAGGCCUAACCAGGAAGUACGGAGACCACCUGGAGGAGAGCUGUAAGGUCGUUGAGAUGGGGAUCCAGACUAUGGAGGAGCCGGAAAUGGCUUUAUUCCUACAGAACACAAAGCCUCUCCUCAAAAAGAUUUCUGAAGCGUCCAGCACGGCACACUUGGAUAAAGUUGAGCAUGGCUACGAGAACAUGGAUCAUUACAACGUGGUCUUCAAGAAGGAGAGCAAGGCCCUGCGCAGCCUUGACUUCGUCCAAGACGAUGACGACGACGAUGACGACGAGGAGGACGAGGACGCGGAGGCGGAUGCCGACGGAGGAGACGACGCCCAGACUGUUUCUGAGGGUGGCGCGGGUCCGUCCUCCACCUCCCUCCAACCUCCUGCCCCCCAGCAGAUUAGCUCCUCCCCCAGCGCAGCCAAGAGCGCCUCCUCGACCUAGCUGUCAGCCGCCGGGGCCAGAAAAAACCUGGAGCAGGAUAAUUGUUGUUCCUAGAUGUUGUCUUCAGGUCAGUUGUGAUACAUUUUCUCCCAAAUUGGGGGAGACAAAUUUAGAUCUGUGCCAAAGGGGAAGCCCGAGUUGUAGAGGUAGAUCGAAAAGGAAGAGGCAGAAGUUUCACUUCUUUUCUCUUUUAUUGUGACACGGUGACGUUGCUGCAUCCUGACGGAUCUCGGUUUCCUUUUCUCUAAUUAAAUGCGUGUUUCGGUUCUUCCCUGUCCACCGGUUGUUUGCAGGAUUCAGACGUAUUCAUGCUUUUUUUUUUUAAUGUAGCUGACCUUUCGCGACUCGCUGCUAAAGCUGCAUCGUUUGGAGAGUGUGACUCGAGGGCCUCAGGUUUCCUCCUUCCUGUCGUACACUUUUUUUAUGACAACAUAACUUUAUGAGCAGAAUUUCGGGGGGGAAAAAAAGAAGAAAACAUCACUGUGACAUUUCGGCAUUUCCUGCAUUUAGCUGCUUGUAUUGUGUGCCUUUGUUGGCGUCGUUUUCUUGUUGCAUUCAAAAUCUCUUUUGCCCUUUUACAAUAUACAGUAUAUGUUAUGUGACAUUAAAACUGAUUUGAACACUA